UGCUAAUAAAAAGGCGGUCCAAAUACUAAACUUUAAGCUCAAUUAUCUUUAAAUGGCGCAACCAGAUCAAACAGCUGUUGAAUUUGGGCAUAUUAAUCCACCUGUUCUACUUCAAAAUUCUGAUAAUGAGGGGACUCAUAUUACAAUAAAUCAUAUUGGACUACAUGAUUCCGAGGAUUAUCGUGUACAUUUAUAUAAAGCCGCUUUAUGUGGAGAUUGGGAAGUUGCAAAAGAAAUCCACAGCAUACACCCUAAUUGUUUCAUGGAGAAAAUAUCAAGAAAGGGUGAUACUGCCUUGCACAUAGCAGCAGCUGGAGGGCGUUGUGAUUUUGUGAAAGAAUUAUUAGCACACUCUCGUCCAACUGCUCAACAAUUAGAGGUGCGCAACAAUUUAGAUAAUACCGCGUUCUGUAUGGCUGCUGCAUCUGGUGUGCUUGAGAUUGUUCAGAAAAUGCAAGGUAUAAACCCAAAGUUGCCGAACAUCCCUGGGAGUCAUGACAUGAAACCCAUCUUAAUUGCUGCUUUACUAGGCCAUGGCGCGAUGGUUAGGCAUCUAAGCCCUUAUUGCUUUGAUGAUCUGUCUGAAGAUGAUCGUAUUGAUCUUCUUAUCAGUGCCAUCAAUACAGAUUUGUAUGAUGUGGCUUUGGAAAUCCUUGGCAACGAUGAAAAGUUAGCUAUUGUUCGAAAUGGAAAUGGGGAGACACCAUUACAUGUAUUAGCUCGAAAAUCUCGAAAAAAUGGACCAGGUCGACUUAACAGUUGGAGACAACGUUUCAACUUUGUUACGAAUUACUUAUGGGGGGAGCAACAAGAAGAUGAAGCUAAGCUUAAACUAGUGGAGCGUCUUUGGAAAGUAGUUAUAAAACAACCCGAGGAGACUAUAUCCGAGAUUCUAUCUCAUCCUCAACCUGAAUUUCUGUUCGCCGCAAUAGAAUUAGGCAACUAUGAGUUUGUUGCCACGCUAAUACGCCAUUAUCCUGAUCUAAUAUGGGAGACAGAUGAAGAAAAUCGAACCAUAUUUCAUGCUGCUGUCCAAUGCCGUCAAGAAAAAAUCUUCAGUCAUAUUCAUGAAAUUGAGGGAAUCAAUCAUUUGCUAGCAGCUUAUAUGAAUCACACCAAUGGUAAUAAUAUUCUUCAUCUAGCAGCCACUUUGCCUAGUUCUGAUAGACUCGAUGUUGUUUCGGGUGCUGCUCUUCAAAUGCAACGGGAGCUCUUAUGGUUUCAGGCAGUUGAAGAAAUUGUACAGCGCGAGUAUGCUGAUAUGAAAAACAAUCCACAAAAAUCAAAGAAACGAAAAGAAACACCACGAGCAUUGUUCACCCAAGAGCAUAGGUCGCUUAGGAGAGACGGUGAAAGAUGGAUGCGCGACACGGCCACUUCGUGUAUGGUUGUUGCAACACUAGUCGCAGCAGUAAUCUUCCAAGCAGUCUUCCAACCACCAAGUCAUGACAACAAAAAAUUAUUUUGGAUGUUUGUCAUUUCGAAUGCGUUGUCUUUGGUGGCUGCAACGGCUUCAAUCUUGUCAUUCCUCGCAAUCCUGACUUCAAGGUAUGCGGAGGAAGAUUUUCUUGUGUCGUUGCCUCUAAAAUUAAUUAUUGGCCUCGCGUUACUUUUCUUCUCAAUAAUGACAAUGUUAUUAGCCUUCACCGACACCAUUGCCAUCAUAUUCCCACCUCGACCGCUAGCGAUUACUAUAGCUGUACUCGCGUGUAUGACCGGCAGCUUGUAUAUUAUGCAGCAUCUCCCGCUUUUGGUUGAUGCAUACCAUUCCACAUUUCGUUCUCGUUAUCUAUUUCGACCUCGACAACAGUUAUUUCGAGAUUAAUCGAGAAGCUUGGUGUAAUUGGUUUGUAAAUUACAAGUAUUAUUAUCAUUGACCUUUUGCUUGUGUUGUGUGUAUUCUCGAUCUAGUGGUGGUCUGGCUGAACAUUUGUUACAUGAGUAGUAUUGUUAUUUAUUAUACAAUACAUACGGAGUAUUCCAUAGCUUGGUGUUAAGACACUAAUUUUAGGUGCUUAGCCUACUUACUAUUUUGAAGUUCAUGUAUGUUUAUAUGUACAGGAGGUACGCUACACGGCUAUAAAGCACAAUA